AUGCCGAAAGUUCUCGUCACUGGCGCGAAUGGCUUUCUAGCCACACAUAUCUUGAGCCAACUCGUCGAAAAUGGUUAUGAAGUCACCGGAACCGUUCGUACACAGACCAAGACUGAGGAUGUCUUCGUAGCUCAUCCCAGUCUCAAAGCCAAAGUCAAGCUUGUAGUGAUACCAGAUCUUUCAGCGGCAGGCGCCUAUGACGAGAUCUUCAAGGAAACGCAAUUUGAUUACAUUAUUCAUACUGCAUCUCCAGUACCAGAUGGAAGUGGCAAGGACUUUGACAAAGACUUUUUGAUUCCUGCGGUCCAGGGGUGA